AUGGCUCGUUCUACCAAUGAUUCAUCUGAACAUCGAAAAUUAGCCUUAAUUAUAGGGAAUAGCAAUUAUAGUCGAUCAGAGAAUCGAUUAGAUUAUGCUAAAAACAAUAGUCGAGAUCUUAGCAAUUUGUUGAAAACAAUUGGCUUCAAUGUUACACUCGUCAAUGAUGUAGAUAAGCAUGAAAUGACCACGCAUGUUAUUGAUUUUUCUAAAAAAAUUUGUGACGGUGAUUUGGUAUUCUUCUACUUUUGUGGCCACGGAUGUCAAGUCAAAGAUGAAAAUUAUUUGAUACCUGUUGGAGAUAAGCAAAUAGAAAAGGAUAGAGAUAUUGACGAUUUUGCUUAUAAAUGUGAAAGAAUGAUAGAACGUCUGACAGAAAAAAAUCGAUUAUACGUAACAAUAGCUAUUUUCGAUUGCAGUAAACCAUACUUAUUGAAAAGCAGCACAUCAAAAUCACAUUCUCUAAUCAAAACUAAAGGACUAAAUGAAAUCAAGCCACCACCUGGAGUAUUUAUACAAUUUGGUUGUGCUGCUGAUCAAAUGGCUAGUGAUAAUUACAGAAUCAAUGAUAAUAAUUUGUAUGGCAAACAUUUGUUAAAAAAUAUUGCUCAAGAAAAUGUAGAUAUUAUUGAUGUUUUUCAACGUAUAAUGGUUGAUGUAUCUCAAGAAAGCAAUAAAAGUCAACAACCAUUAUCGAUGAAUGGGCUAAAUCAACAUCAGCCAGUCUAUCUCAAUCAAGUAAUUGUGACUGUUGAAGAAUGGGAUAAAAUCAAUCCAAAUGAUAUGGAAUCCGUACUGAAAACUCAAACAGCAUUGCGCGCUUGUUAUGAUACUUUUCCAGAUAUCGAAGAGGUUAUACAGCGAAAUAAAGAAAAUGUUGAAAAAGCUGAAAAAUUUACGCAAGAGAUAUUAUCUAAAGUACCAUCAGGAAAUGUCACUGAAAGAGAUACGGCAUGUCAUAUACUACAUAAUUUACUUGGACAAGAAAAUCAAAAAUGUUUAUUUUUUGAUUCAAGUCAAGGUAUGAAACUUCAUGAUGCAUCUGGAACUUUAGCUGAUCUUAGUGUUAAAGAAAGACCAUUUGUUUUAAAAUUAAAUAAUAUUGAUGGACUUGGUAAUAAGACUUAUGUCAAUGGUGGAGAACAUAAUUUGAAUGCUAUUCAUACAUUAGAAAAUGCAGUUGAACACAAUCAAUCACAUCCAGUUAUUGAAGAUAUAGUUGAUCGAUUAGCUAAAGCACAUAAUGUUGAUAAAAAAAAUAUUGUUAUAAAAAAUUUUUAUGUUGGAUCAUGUGGUAUAGUUUAUUUAGUUACGGACUUACCAGAUAAGUUAGUUAAAUCACUAACUAACGUUUCGGAAAAAUUACAUAAACAAUUUGAAGAAUUCAAAGCUGCAAAAAUUCAUCCGCUAUUAUAUCGACCAGCAUUUGAUAUAGCUCAAUUUGAUGUUCGUGGUAAUAAAACAUUUACAAAUCAAGAACUAACACACCAGAUUGGACCAUCUGGACGAACUCAAUUAUAUACUCCACCAGCUGGAUGGACAAGAUAUGGAUUGAAAGUAUUAGGCAAAUUUCCAAAUGAUGAAUGGUUACAUCCAUUCAGCCACGCCGGAAAUUGGUAUAGAGCUUAUCACGGAACAGGGCGUGCAACAGCAGCAGACUUCGGUAAUCCUGAUAAAACAUUUAGUCCGGACUACGCCAGUAUCGAUGCUGCCGCAAGUAUUCACGAGAAUGGAUUUCGUAAAGCAAGAGUUGCUGUUCAUGGAGACGGUAUAUAUUGUUCUCCAAAUCCUACUUUUCCAGAGAAUGGCUAUGUCAGUACUGUUAAAAUGAAUACUAAACAAGGUGAGAAAUCUUUUAAGUGUAUGCUGCAAGUGGCUGUAAAUCCAGAUGGUGUGAAGAUUGCCACAAACGAUAUAUGGGUCGCUCAAGAGCCCAAAGAUAUCCGUACUUAUGGAAUACUCAUUAAAGAAGUUUGA